CACAAGAUCGGGCUUGUUAACGAUUUUAAAGAGACGAAUGUAUGAUUAAUCUUUUUUUUCUUUUUUCUUUUUUCUUUUCGUUACAGGUCGUCCCAGUUCGACAGGAUCUCACCGUAGCUCUGACUUCCAGAAAAUGAAGGCCUAUCAAGGUGGCCGGAUGUAAGGACACAAGCAACAACUCAGAUAAGCACAGAGGCGUGCUUUAAGACAUGGGGACGUCCAAGAAUUCAAAUCUCAUGAUGCGACCAACAACUACAGAUAAAAUCCAGUUUGGCUUGGUUCAGUCUCCAGGGAGGUGGACAAAGCCCUGGAGAUUUUUCGCAGGAUUAAGAUCAAUCAUUCGAAUUUUCACGGUUCGAAACUCUCCUUGUAAAUUUUUAUCCCUGCCAUCAGGCCCCUCGGAUUCUCCAUCUGCAUCAAACUGCGUGACGGGCACACUAUUUGGUUACAGAAAGGGUCAUGUCCACCUUGCAGUGCAGGACAAUCCCAAGUCGCCACCAUUUCUACUCCUGCAAUUGGGAACUCCAACAGUCACUCUGAUCAAAGAAAUGGCUUCCGGACUGGUCAGAAUUGCACUAGAAUGCGAGAAGACUCAUGAGAGGGGAAAACUGUUUCAGGAGCCAGUGUGGGAAAUGUAUUGUAAUGGAAGGAAGUCAGGGUAUGGUAUCCGAAGGGCAUAUUCUGAAUCUGACAUGAAGGUGUUAAACACUGUGCAGGCAGUUUCCAUGGGAGCUGGUGUGCUUCCUUCUGAUAUGGAAGGAACAGAAGGUGAAUUGAUGUAUAUGAGAGCAAGAUUUGAGAGAGUUAUUGGAUCUAAGGACUCUGAGGCAUUUUACAUGAUGAAUCCUGAUGGUAGUGGACCUGAGCUCAGCAUUUUUUUGCUUAGGAUCUGAUUUUUUUGCUUUUCUGUUUUCUGUGUAUAUCUGGGAUUGCAUCUCAUUUUCAUUUACACGUGCCAUUGCUUGAUUGUUGCUGUGCGCUGCUGUAUGUAAUUGUACUCGAGUGUUUUGAGAUUGUUUCUAGCAAUUUUAUACUAUUUAGAAAGCUUUGUAGUACAGCCUUCUCCUUUUAAGGCAUUUGUCCUCCACAGGAGGGCUAAAAUUGUACAUCUUGUUCAGUAAAUGGAAUAAACAAUCUUCUCAGAGGUUUGUACCAGAGCUUCUGUACCAAAUUAGUUAUGUCACUUAGUUCAAC